GCCUCUCGUUUCAUCUCCUCUGCUCCAUUACCGAUCAAAGAUGGAGGGAGAGGCGACAGAGCCAAGAGGCCAGGGGCUAGAGCUUGCUCAUUCUUCUGAAGGAGAGGAUCCAAUUGAAGAGUUUGUAAACGUUCCUUCAUCUUUUCCGGAAUUUGCCCACAUCUUCCUCUUUUUGAAAAGGUUCUCGGCCUUCCUCUCCCUCCCCGAGGUCUCUCUCCCUCAGCUAGAGAGAUUUUUUCAAUAUGGUAGUCUCGAAGAUUCUGAUGACUCCAUUACUGAAUUGCACUAUCAGUUGUAUAAUAAUAUCGGUAGGAAACCGAUCGAUAAAGAAAACUGGAUCUUUUUUGCUUCUAAACUUGCUUAUACCAAUAGCUACAUUGAAGGGACUUUCGACUAUGAAGACUUUGAUGUUACUCAGAAGAUGCAGCUGCUUAAGUUUCUCUGCGACGCUCAAUUCACUCGCAAUAAUUCCUUCAAGAACCAAAUGAACAAACUAUUAGAAGAGGGCAACUCCUGGAGUAGAGAAGGACCCGUUGGAUUGGAUAGAAAGGGACUGAGAUACUGGCUUUUACAAGAUUCCCUUUACAACAUUAGACUAUACUCAGAAGACAAGUACUUGGAGUAUCCUUUUGAUCAUCCGAAAUGGAAUUUGAUUUGCAAAUCUGAAGCGGAAUUGAAGUCUUACAUCGAGGAGCUGGAGUCAUCUCAUGUACCUGUGCCUGCACCCUCUGAUAAAGAGAAGACAUUAGAGACUGAGGGAGAGAAAGAGGAUGAGAAAGAGAGCGACGAUCCAUCCAGCAGUCCACCUGAUAAGUCCCAGAAGGUUGGUGGUAGCGGUAAGAGGAGGAGGAGGAGGAGUAGGAGGAGGAGCUCAAGGCAAGACGCAAAGAAAGUGAAGAAGGAAGAAGUGAAAGGCGGUUGUGUCGUAUGCAAAAAAGACACGUUCUAUUCCAAGAUGUUGUUGUGCGAUAAAUGUGAUUCUGAGUGUCACACUUACUGUCAGUAUCCUAUAGUCUGGAACAUACCUGAUGGGGAAUGGUUCUGUCCUAACUGUAGAGAACUUCAAUUGAUUGAGGACCUCAAAAAGUUUCACUUUGAGCUAAUAGAGGGUAUGUAUCUGUGCGAGAAGAGGAUGGAGGAAGAGCAGAAAAAAAUAAAAAGGCUACAAAGAGGUGGUGUUUUAGUACAGAAUAUCAUAUCAAAAGAAUGUGUCGCUGAAGAUAUUGAUGCUCCACGUAGAUCAGGUCGAUCCAAAAAACAAAUAAACUAUGCCCAAUUGAAUGAGCUUGAUAUACACACUCUGGCACCUAGUCGCUCCUCGUUGCGUUCAAUGCACAGUAGAGCCUCGAGAUACCUCAAUCACGUUACACCUUCAUCCUAUUAUACUACCAGGAGGACGAGGUUGCUGCUAGAGAAGAAGCUGGACUCGGUUAGGAGCUCGACAAACGCUUCUUCUAAUUCUCCUCCGCUUGUCAAUGAGGGAGAGAAAGAAGAGGAGGAGCCUUCUUGUCAAUUGGAGGUAUCGACUGUCAUGGAGCAACAGUCUAUACAGCAGAAAGGGAUUGGAUCGCCUGUCUCUCCUAUGCUCUGCAGUUUCCCUUUGGAAGUACUUGGUUACUCUUCUCCAUCGUGUAAAGACAUCACUACUAAUACUACUACUACUACUGAGGGUCAUGUUAAUACUGUCAUUGAGGUAUCUCUUUCAUCUGCUAGUGCUCCCAUAGACUCCACUCCCUCUCUUUCUACUCCAAUGAAUCAGUCAUCAUCACACAUUGUGUCUACCAUCGCUGACACUACUAAUCCUUGUGCUCCUACACGCGCAGACUCACCAUCAGCUGUAGGCCAUUCACAUCCAUCCAGACAGUCCACUAAUACUUUAAGUACUCCAGCAGCUCAUUCCAGUCUAACACAGUCUCAUUCUCCUCCAGUCCAAGCAGUCACUCAUCCUCCUAGCUCAAUCCCAACACACACUUCAUCAAUCCAUGCUCCUAUUCUACCAGUGGCUUUGCAUUCAGCCACUACUCUAUCAAGCACUAAUUCUAUUGGGCCAAGUAUCCCUCACUCUUCUCUACAUGAUACACCUAAUACAUACAAGCACUGCAUUCCUCCUAAUACAUUAGCCUACCAGGAACAAGCCAAUCCAAUGAGCUACUCUUCUACAACUAAUUCAUUGAUAUGUUCUACUCUUAGCUUCAGUCCUUCCAUCAGAACAGAGGGAUCCUGUAUUACUGGAACUUUCACUUCCAGCCUCCAGUCUCCCAGCCUCCAGUCUGCCCUAGCUAAGGAUUCUUCUCCCAUUGUAGCACCUACUACCAGUCAGUCUCCUAAGGAUGCCUCUGCUGUACAGGAAGCUCUACAAGAUGAAGAUGAUAUUAGAUAAUUGAAUAAAGUCUGGAGUGUUCUUAUCCUCUGACGCAUAGAUCUCCACCAAAGGAAGCAAUUCUACUAUUAUUUAUUAUCAUUACUAUGAUGAAGAUGUUGAUUUAUUAUUAUUAUUAUCAUUAUGAUUAAUAUAGAUUAUUAUUUUUGUUAAUAUUAUUAUUAUUAUUAUUUAUGUUGUGUUUUUAAGUUUUCUUGGAAGGAGUUUGAUUGUCAAUAUAGAUAA